UUAUUGCUUUUUGCAAAAUGUAUUAAGCUCGUUGUAAUUUUAGUUAAGAAGAAAAGUUAAUAAUUUUUUAUUGUUAGACACGUAGAUUAUAAAAAUGACUAUAUUAUAUAAAGUGCAAAGUGUUUGUGGCUGCAAAGAAGGUAACGUUCUUUUGCAAAAUAGUGUUUUAUGUAGAAUAUCAAAAAAAAAUCUAGUUGUAUUUUGUGUGCAUCAAAAUCUAUACAGUCAAAUAUAUAUAUGUGAUAUUGUGAAACCAUGGCAAAAUUAUAAGAUAUGUUCUUCUAAAGCCGUAGCGAGUGUGUUAGAAUGGAAUCCCACCGGCGAAUUAUUAUUAAUUGGAUAUAAGCACGGCUUAGCGGAAAUUUGGGGCAUGAAAGCCAAUUGUAUGAAUAGCUGGUUUCUACUAUAUACCGUUAACUUGCCUUGCGAAGAAAUAAUAAAUGUGAAAUUUUUCCACAACUCUAAAGCAACCUACUUCAAUAUGCAAAAAAAGGAUUUGCAGAAUUAUUCAGAUAAAUACGAACGCUUAGAUCAAAGGCCUACGUUGGCCUAUUUUGGUUGUUCUCCUGUCGAGGGAUGUUUCCUUUUAACCGCCUCUGGUCUAAUGGGCGUUUUUACAAUUCCUCGCCUACCAAUGAAUGCGGAGACAACAAAUUCAGCGUCACCGUCUGAAUUAAAUAUCUUCACAAACAGCAUUGGCUUAUCACGCUGUUUUAUUACUCAUUGUAGCAUUUCAUAUUGCCCUACUGGACGCUUUAAUGUCGCCAUUAACAAUUGGAGUGAACCUCGAAUUAGUUGCUUCAAAAUUGGUGUAGAACGUGAACAGGACGAUACCUUGAAUCUCAAAUGCGGUGCAAUGGCCAGUAUAUUUUUGCAAAGGGCAGACAACGAGAACAAAGAGAUAUCUGUGGUCCAUUGGCGUACCGUUAAUUGUGAGGAAGUAGCUUUUGUGGUGUAUGACUGUAUAGAAGGAAGCUUUAUCGAGCAAUGGAAUCUUAUAAAAAAGCAUCAACAAGUUCAUAAACUUCUGCAAAAGAACAAAAGCGAUUUCAUGCAGUGGGAGCAAUGGGAGAUUACAGCCAAGCUGUCUUUAACGUCGCGCGUAUGCGAUUUGAGUUUAAGUAAAUUGCCCACAGAAUCUCUGCUGUUAUUUGCUAUUUUACGCGAUAAUUCGGUGCAAAUAUUAGAAACGGGCUUAAAGAAAAUUGGUUCGACAGUAUUUGAACGGGUGGCUGAGGAUCAAAUGCGUGCUCCAUACAAAUUACUUACAUCGGACUGCACACACUUGAAUCAAUUGCUGAUAUUAUUUGAUAAUUUGGGACAAAUGUAUGCCAUGCAAGUGCCGACAAGCCAUUAUGAUAAGAACUAUAAGAUGAGUCCGUUAGCUGUGCCUGUUUGUCUUUUGGAAUAUUCGGUUAUUACCGGGAUAGAUGCUGCCGAUGUACUUAUGUUGAAUCUCUCUCACUUGGAAGCGUUAACUGAAAAAUUAACCGAAAAUUUUUCCCGACAGACAGCCUAUGUCAGGCAUUUCUACUAUUCGAACUUUUUAUCGUUGAAAAGUAAUAUUUGUCGUAUACAAACAAAACAGCAGGACUUUGAUGAUCUUAUUACAUUGCAUGCGAUUGCCAUUGCCUUUAAAAGUUUACUGCGACCAUCCGAUUUAAGUUCUCAAGAUAAAGGCCCGGCAGAAAAUUUGUCUAUGAUACUCUCGGAACCGGUAGGUGAUGUCGAUAAAGUUUUAUGUGUUUUGGACGCUAAGGAUUUUACAGUUGAACCCGCUACUUUACAAAGUUUGCAACAAUUGAUACAAUGGGUAUCCGACUUAGCUCUGAAUAUUUUGCAUAAACUGACCGAAGAUGUAUUGAAACCAAAGUUUAAUAAAAGGCAUGGUUACGAAAUAUGUCGUGAUGUAAUCGCCGUCAGUAGUGUAAGAGAACUAUUGGUAAUGAUCCGUAUAUGGGGUCUAUUAAAUCCCCAUUGUCUACCCAUCUAUACGAAAUCCGUAGACAACUUCGAUGUACUACCGGUAAUGUUUCGCUUACUUACACGUUUAAUGCAAAAUACCAGUGAACCUGACGAUAGCUUGCUGGACGAGUGCAGUGUGCUUUCAACACAAGUAUUAGUACCAACACGACACAUAAGCACACCCACUACUUUAUUAAAUAGUAACGCCACGUCGAAAUUAUUUCCAUUUGUAUUUCAAACCAGUGUGGAAUCUUUAAAUUUACAAGACGUUCAUUACGAAGAGGUUUUAUUCUCUCAUAGCAUAAAAGAUGACGUUAGCAAUUUGCAUUUAGGCACUCAUGUUCGCUCAUUAAGGAUUUGUUCACGUUGCGGUUUUAUUAAUAACAUCAACAAAAUGACAAAGACGGCUGCUUUGAAGACGUGGUAUCAGAGAUGGAAAUACUGUCAUUGUGGAGGAUUUUGGAAAUUUGUUUCAUUUUAAUUAUAAGUACUUUUUAAAUAUUACGCGCGAAUAGAUAGGUAACCGUUCAUAUAAGCAAAACACAAAUGCAGAUAGAAAGCCAUGAUUAUAUUCAUAUGUACAGAAUAAACUUAUACCAACAUAUUGUCUUAGUUUAAUUACCUGAUUACAUUGCAGAACUUUUGCCAACAUUGAGCGUAUAUACGAAAAAGGAGGAGUAUUUGUCGCAAACGUAAAAUUAACGGGUUGACUUACAGACUUACAGACUUCGCACGAUUAAAUUUUAUGUUUGAUAUAAAAUUUCAUUUGUUAUCCGUUUAUUAUCAAUGGAUUCACGUUUACGCUUCGUCCAGGGACAAUGUUUUACCAACCACCAUAAACGAUCGAGAUUCAUCGCUACCUGAAAUUAGAAUACAACCUUCGCGCCCAUUGCACACACGACUUUUAUUUAAUAAGAAAUGCUUUUUUUUUUGCCCAACUUACAUAUUUCCUUCCUUUCUUCAUUCAAGGAAAUGCAUUUUUUUUAAGAGCAAACAAUUUAUUUUUUUUAUUUUUUUUUUAAGCAGUAACAGUAUUACUUAAUAUGUGCACACUCUCUCUGUUAUAGCAAAAUUGUAACGAUUCUCUUUUAAUUGGGAAUUUUUGUUGAGCAUCAAAAUUGCUUGCAUUGUAUCUAAUAUAAACUGCAAAAAUUAUUUAAAGUUUACAUAUUUGUAGGUUUUGUUGUUAAUAACCACAUAUUUACGGAAAGCGUUAAGUGAUUUAUACAAUUGUAAAACUACAACAUUUUAACAUUAACUACUUUCUCUUAAGACAAUUGCUCAGACUUGUGAUAGUAUUAUU